AUGAUAAAAUUGGAAAAAUACAACGAUGUGUAUAAUGAAUCCGUACAAAAUCCUGAAAACUUUUGGGCCCAAAAAGCCAAACUUUUGACAUGGUUUAAGCCAUGGCAGAAGGUCCUUGAUAAUAAUGAUGAACCUUUCACAAAAUGGUUCGUUGGUGGAAAACUAAAUGCCUGUUAUAAUGCAGUUGAUCGACAUGUGGAAAAUGGAAAAGGCAGUAAUGUUGCCCUUAUACAUGAUAACCCUAUAAUAGGUCUGUCAAGAAAAGUUACCUACCUGGAAAUACAAAAAACUGUUGCUAAAUUAGCUGGGGUUUUGUCACAAUAUGGUGUGGAAAAAGGAGAUAGAGUCCUUAUUUACAUGCCCCUUAUCCCUGAGACGGUUAUGGCAAUGUUAGCAACUGUCAGAUUAGGGGCUAUACAUUCCGUUGUAUUUGGUGGAUUUGCAGCAGGGGAACUUUGUUUAAGGCUUCAACAUGCCAAACCAAAAAUUAUCUUAACAGCAAACUGUGGAAUUGAACCAAACAAAAUCGUCGAUUAUUUGGAAAUUCUGGACCGUGCUUUGGCAGUAUCCGAUCAUAAACCCUCAAAAUGCAUUGUUUUUCAAAGAGAAGAGAUACAGGAAGCUUUUUUGGAUCCUGAAAGGGAUGUUGACUGGAAUGAAGCUUUAAUAAAUGCUGAGCCACAUCCUUGUGUACCUGUCGAUGCAAACGAUCCUUUAUAUAUUUUGUAUACAUCGGGAACCACAGGAGACCCAAAAGGAAUAGAAAGAUCAACAGGAGGUCACUUGGUGGCUUUGGCCUGGUCGAUGGAUGCAGUCUAUGCCAUGAAAGAAAAUGAUGUUUGGUGGGCUACUAGUGAUUUUGGUUGGGUGGUUGGUCACUCUUACAUGUGUUAUGCACCGUUAAUAUGUGGAGUAACUAGUAUAAUAUACGAAGGCAAACCUACCACUACUCCAGAUCCAGGACAAUACUUCAGAGUAAUCAAUGAAUAUAAAGUAAACUCUCUCUUCACGAUACCAACUGCAAUGAGAGUACUAAAACAAGCAGAUCCAAAAGGCGAAUACGGAUCCAAAUACGAUAUAUCCAGUCUACGACAAAUUUGGUUUGGCGGAGAGCACUGCGAUUUAAGCACGAAAAUGUGGACUGAAAAUAUUUUUGAUGUCUCCGUUUUGAAUCACUGGUGGCAGACUGAAACAGGAAGUCCUGUUGCUGCCAUGUGCUUGGGACUUAAGAAUCCUUGCAGUCCCACCAAGUUUUGUAUUGGGUUGCCGGUACCAGGACACAGAGUUGACAUCCUUAGAAAAGAUGGAACUUUAGCAGACAGAAAUGAACUGGGACGAAUAACAGUAAAGCUUCCUUUAGCUCCAGGACCUAUGUCUACUUUAUACAAUGCCCCCAAAAGAUUCGUGGAAAGUUACUUCAAACAAUUUCCUGGUUAUUACGACACCAUGGAUAUUGGAUACAUUGACGAUGAAGGGCUUAUUUACAUCACCGCUAGAUCAGAUGACGUCAUUAAUGUAGCAGGACACAGAUUAUCAACGUUGGCUUUGGAAAACGUGGUUCUAUCUCAUCCCAAUGUUGCCAAUGCUUGCGUGAUUGGCGUUCCAGAUCCUAUUAAGACUGAGGUGCCGUUGUGCUUGUAUGUAAGAAAUGAAUUAAAAAGAGACGAAUAUCAAAUAACCCAAGAACUAAUUGCCAAAGUAAGAAAUGUUAUUGGUCCUGUAGCUUGCUUUAAGUUAUGUGCAUCUGUAAGAGCCCUACCAAUGACGAGAUCUGGAAAAAUUUGUAGGAAAUCCAUUGCUGACUUAUCCAGAAAUAAACUUAAGAAGAUUUCAGCUACCGUUGUAGAUAGCACAGUUUAUGACGAUAUAGAAGUUAUAUUAAGAAAAAUGGGUUUCUGUUAA